AUAUACUCUCAAUAUCCAUCGUCUCAUCGGAUCAAAGCAUACACAAAACCAUGGCAGAAACGAAAGUCACAACGAUGGUGAUUAAGGUGGUUGACCUUGGAUGCGAAAAAUGCCACAAGAAAAUCAAGAGAGUACUGUGUGAUAUCCCUCAAAUCCAGAACCAGACAUAUGACAAGAAGGAAAACACGGUGACAAUCACUGUGGUGUGUUGCUGUCCUGAAAAGAUCAAGAAAAAAAUAUACUGCAAAGGAGGUCCAACUGUCAAGUGCGUUGAGAUCAAGCCGCCACCAGCGAAGCCUAAACCAGAACCAAAACCAGAACCAAAACCAGAAACAAAACCAGAACCAAAACCAGAACCAAAACCAGAACCAUGCACAUGUUGUGAAAAGUGUUGUAGUUGCCGAAGUAGGUCAGGGUGUGAUGGAUGUGGAGAUGGUUGUUGUAGUUGCCGAAGUAGGUCACGGUGUGAUGUAUGGGGAGAUGGUUGUUGUAGUUGCCGAAGUAGGGGUUACUAUGUGUGCAGAAGUGCAUAUGUUUGUGAAGAGUACUAUCCCUCGGCGCCAUGCACAAUCAUGUAAAGGGAAAUCAAGUUCAGAAGACCGAUGGUUUGAGUCAACGUCUGGAAUCAACCGUUGGAUUCAAAUCCAGUGGUCAUGAUGGACCUUCGUGUUGUUGUGUUCAUAAUAUCAUCCCUUUUGUGCUGCUGCUGUUGUUUUGACCUCUUUCAUCCAGAUGAUGCACGACUUUGUGCCUAGCUAGUAUUUUCAAGUCAGCUAGUAUUUUGAAGUCAAUGGUCACAGUUUUUUCCAUUGUUGAUGGCUCAGUUUUUUCCAUUGUUGAUGGCUUGUUACAUGUAUGGUCAGCAAAUAUGGCUUGACCACCUAGUCUUUGUUUUUUAUGCUCUCUUAUCUUUGUAUGGUCCCUUUGGAUGUUUUCUUCCAAAGUGCUAUUAUUUGUUUC